AACUGAAAAAUGACAGAAGUUUACGACCUUGAAAUCACUACAAAUGCAACAGAUUUUCCGAUGGAAAAGAAAUAUCCGGCUGGCAUGUCGUUGAAUGAUUUGAAAAAGAAACUCGAACUUGUAGUUGGAACUACGGUCGAUUCAAUGCGCAUUCAAUUGUUUGAUGGAGAUGAUCAACUGAAAGGAGAGCUGACAGACGGGGCUAAAAGUUUGAAAGAUUUGGGUGUUCGCGACGGUUACCGAAUUCACGCCGUUGAUGUGACUGGUGGAAACGAAGAUUUCAAGGACGAAAGUAUGGUUGAAAAAUAUGAAAUGAGUGAUGACACAUAUGGAAAGAGAACAGACAGCGUUCGUGCAUGGAAGAAAAAGAUGCAAGAAGAACAAGGUAGUGCUGCUCCAAUGGAAAAUGAAAGCGAUAAAUUGAAUGAAGAAGCCGCGAAAAAUAUAAUGGUUGGAAACCGAUGCGAAGUUACUGUUGGAGCACAAAUGGCCCGGAGAGGAGAAGUCGCAUACGUAGGAGCUACAAAGUUUAAGGAAGGUGUUUGGGUUGGAGUUAAAUACGAUGAGCCAGUUGGAAAGAAUGAUGGAUCCGUUGCUGGUGUCAGAUAUUUCGAUUGUGAUCCCAAAUACGGAGGAUUUGUUCGACCAGUCGAUGUGAAAGUUGGUGAUUUCCCAGAGCUCUCAAUUGAUGAAAUCUAAGUAACAUUGCCAAAUAUUUAUUGCUCCCUGCUUCUGCCUUCUCUCAUUCAUUAUAUAACUAUGAAUACAUACUUUCAUAACAAUUUUUCAUGAUUAUACCCGCUUUCACUUUGCAUUUUCCCAUUUUCUUCCGAGAUAUUGUUUCUAUCGGCGAUCUCUUUGCGCUUCUAUCUAUUUUGUAUGUGAUAAGUAAACGAUAUGUGAC